AUUAAGAAUUGACAUCUCCUCAUGACAAUGUCAUCAGGUUUUGGCAAAACAAACUUUCACAUCAGGCUAGAACCAAGAUCUUUGUGCAGCUUAGAAUGGGGAAAUUGGGAAAGGCCUGACGCUUUGUUUGUUCCUGGAUACAUUAGCUCAUUUCCCAUUGGUCUAUUACAUGACUGGAAGUAUUUGGAGUGUGGAUGAUCUCCUAGUGGCUAAAAUCACUCAAGACAGUUACCCUGGUUGUCAAAAGAAAUCCUGAUUCUAAUUACAAAGGGGAAGAGUUUCUAGAGGAUUCCUCCACCAUUGUUGCCAUUCAGAAAAUUGUUAGGCUGUUCCCAAGUGUGACUGUAUUGACGGAGUUGACUCAGGCGUCUUACAUAAAGUUCAUGGACAUCUCAGGGCUGACUUGGCUUCUAAAAAUCUGAGGCACAAAUCCACAUCUGGGUCACAUUUGGGUGAAAUUUUCUGCUUACCAUUUGCUGCAGGUCAUUUCUUUUCAUCCAGCAUGUUGGACAACUCUGUUAUAUCAGACAUUCACCAAGAGUUAACUCAUUUCUUUUAUUUGACUUUUGCUGGGCAUUAAUGGAGAACAAGGUUCUGGACAUUUGUCAAGUUGAAGAAAGCUACUGUCAGGAAGUACCAGAUGUGUGGUCACCUGUACGAAGACUUUUUUCGACAGGUAGGCAAGUACCAUUUGCUAUCUACAGAAUCCAGUCAGUGGACAACCUUAAGGUACAUGCUUCAAGUUCUUCUGGACAUAAAGCUGACCACAACACUUAAACACCGGUCUGAAGGCUACUCCAUGAUGGGCAGCCUAUGUCAUCACCAAGCCAGCAUCUAACUGUUAACUCCUUGUUGGGGACAUUGUCUCUGUCCUUCAACCAGCAUCAAUGUGUGUGACUCCCAAGUGGUCUCUCCAGUGUGUACAAGCAUUGGAGCAGAAAACAAGGUGACAAGAUGGAGAAGGGUCAGUCCACUCCUAAAAGAAGCACACUAUAAUGAAUACACAGGUGUUUGUGUACUACUUGUUGAAUUUUUCACUCACAUCUACUUUAGUCUCUUGAUGGGUAGCAAAGACAUAAGCCUUUAACUGACUGAGCCAAGGCUUAGGCCCUGAAUAGUUACAUGUAGUCUGGGCAUCAUCAUCAAGUUCAAGGUUAAAAUAUGGACAGCUUUCAGUAAACUCUCACCAGAGGUCAUUUCUGGCUGGAGAGAUUUUUUAUAGAGUAAAAGUGAAGACUGUGUGUGGAAGUUUGCCAGAGGCAAGCUUUGGAUUUUUUUCAUAGAGCAAGGGACAACACUCUCAAUACCUUUUGAUAUCAUUCCAACAUCUAUAGCUGUGGUGAGACUAUUUCGAGGUCUCAGGAAUGUAUUUCUUAUCAAUUGGUAAUCAUGCAUCACGUGCCCUCAGAUAUGUACAAAAAAUGAAGUUUGAGAAGAAAGAGAAAGGAUCAAGAUGAUUUACAAGACACUAAAGAAGUUAUCUAUCAACUAUACUCAAUGUAUGGACGACUUACAGCCAGACUAGAAUUAUAGAGUAAGAUGUUUUUCUGCUGGCUAAACAUGUAUGGAUUGUUUUGAGUUUUGCAAGUGCUGCUGUUGUCUAGGCAAUUCUGGCCAGUAGUUCAGGUUUGGUUCCUUCAUCUGAGACAAAAACUCCAAGUUCUUGUGAUUGGGAUCAAGUCACACAAGGUCUGGUCAAACUGGGAUUUAAAUUGAUUGAUUCUUUUGGCCCUAAACCUGUGUUUGGAGUACUACCAGACAAUGAUUUAAAGCAAGACUCUUUAUCUCCAUCACAACAGGCCUGCCAGCUGGGUCAAAGACUUUUAUUGAAAACAUUUAAGGUUCAUCAUGUCUUUAGAGAUGAUAUUCUCAACACUCUUUUUGGUGAACUUAUGAAACCAACAUCACCAGUCACACAAUAUCUUGAGUCAGACAUAGUCACAUCAUCACCACAACUUCUUCUUGAAUCUACCAACAAAGUUUGCAUUUUGUUUGAGAAGCUAGAUAAAAUGAAUCCCAAAUCUGCAGAAAGACUACUCUCUGCCUUACAACCGCUGCUAAAGCUUAGCCCAUUCUUAAAAGAUACGCUUAUUUUAAACCUGAGAAAAGCCAUGUUUUCAAGACCUUUAGAUUCACGCAAGAUAGGUGCAUUAGGAUUUCUCAUGAUUUUGAAACAUUUUCGUGUCGUUGGAGCACUUCCAUCUAGUCAGAUAAGUCAGCCAAUCUCAUUGAGUCAAAUACAGGCAGAUGUCCAUUCAAGUUAUAGCCCUGCCAGCAAUGAAGCCUUGUGUUUGGAGAUCAUUGGUAACCUCUCCAGAUGUUUGACUCAACAUGUGGAUGUCCGCUUAAAUAUAUAUCAGGGUCUGUGUGAAGUUCUGCUUAGGAAUUCUGAGUUGAUGAAUCCAGUACUGGACUUGUUGUUUUUUCAGCUGAAGAAAUAUUAUGAAUUCAAUGAAGAUGUAAAGCCACCACUACGAUUAGAACCCUGCAUUAUUACCCAUGGAGACAAAGUUUAUUUAGCAGAGCCUUUGGCCCAUUUGGUUGGCUGUGCUCAACAAUGCCUUAGAAAGUCUCAGGACAUCCAGAGCCAAAAGAAGUCAACUGAAACUGAAGAUGAUGACCAAGAUGGCUGUGAGGAGACAUUCCAGAAACUUCAAAACUUGUUAGUUACUUUGACUAAGAGAGUUAUUGAAGCAGAAAUGGAAGAUUUUGAAUUGGACAAGAGUGCUGAUUUUUCACUAGCCACAGGUGUAGGUGUUAAAAAUAAUAUCAAUGCAAUAUUGCUUUUAGGACUUUAUGAAGUUUUAAUGGAAUUUACCUUUGAAAUGGGAAAAUACAGCAUUGAAAGUUGCAAGGAAGUGCUUCAGCUUUUCACCAAGCAUGCUCAACUUAGUACAGUAGUGAAAGAAAAGUCUGCAGCAUCUUCUGGCAAGAAAAACAAAACUUCCACAACCAAAACACCAAACAGUCUUAUAGCUUUAAAAGCAGUGGAGAAGUUUCUCACUGUCAUUAUAUGUGAUGAGAGACCAGAACUGGAAGAAAAUGGAAUAGAUCAGCUGAUACAGAACAAAGGUUUCCUGACCUAUAUAUUAAGUAUUGCUGUUCAAAAGCUAGGCCAAGUGGCAAGUAAGGGAACAUGUGAGGGAGAAACUCAAAGCAAAGAAAAACUUUUAAAAGUGUGUUUUAAUAUUGGAAGACUACUUUACAUCAGUUAUAUUGAUAACCAACAAAAAGGAGAUAGCACAGAUCAAAAAGACAGAAAAUUAAACAGUCAAAUAUUAGAAGGAUUGAACUUGGUUAUUGAAAUGGCUUGUAAAAAUGGGCAGAAUGCAGUUCUUCAGUGUUUGUCCAGUUUAGAGAAGGAAACAGAAAUGAAAGAACGUUUAAGGACAUCACAAAAAAAUGAAAAGAUUCACAAUCACAUUAAGAAGUUUCAGAGAUUGGUGGUCACUAUUUUAAAUGAAAAUAAAGACUCACAGAAUCUGAAGGAGGUCUUCACAUUAUUCUCUAUCAUUGCUCAUUUAGUUCAUCAUCUGCCAAGUCAUGGGGAGGAAUACCAACAGACAUUUAACUGGCUUCAAAAAGUUGCUAUUGAGCACCCCAUAGAUGAUGCAGCUACCUGUCGUCAUUUAAUUUCUUUAAUGUUGCAACUCUCCAAACAGACUAAGUCUUUACCACAAAUAUUGUUAAGUCUUUGUCAAGAUAUUCACAGUCAAUUAGGGGAUAUUGAUCAGGAUUGUGAAGUUGAACAGAAUACUCAUUUCGCAGUAACUAAAGCCAACAUUUGUCCCAUCUCUGGCAUACUGACUUUGACCUUGACAUAUCUGGAAGCUGAUUUAGAUGACAUUGACAGUGUUAUUAAAUGUCACAAGGCAAAUAUGUUGGCUGCUAACACCUGUGUAGAGGAAGAAACAGCAACCCAAGUUGAAACAUUGGACAGAUCUAUCUGCAUUAGACUUGGGCUGUUAAUCAACAGUUUCAUUGAGCUGACACACUCUGCAGUGACUACCAGCCCAUGUAUACAUGCCAUGUUAAAGACUGUGACAAAACUCUUCAAUGUUCUCACUUCACUUACCAAACAUUAUAUUAGCUUGUAUACUAACAAAGCCGGCCAUCUUGGUAGUAGGUUUGAAAAAUUAGUUCGACUUGUGAGUCAGCAACUUACACCCCAGACUUACAACAUGAUCAUCUAUGUCCAGCUUUUAGAAUCAGAUGUCUCUGAAGAGAGUGAGAAAAAAGGAAAGAAAAAAAAUACAACACAUCAGAAAGGAAUAAUAAAAGCCAUGAAACAAGGGAAAAUGGUACCCAGUCUCAUUUGCACUAUAGAGCUACUGGAAAAAUUCUUAAUUCAACUGAGCAAAAAGUCCAAGAGAAUUUUAAAAGAUCAACAUCUCGAGAUUUUCGCAUCAAUACAGAAACUGUGCAUACAGCAGUUGAGCAGGGAAUUUCUGAUGACAGUGAAACUGAGGAAAAUAAUUCUAAAGAGCCAGAAGAAAAUGAAGUUCAGGAGUCAAAUGAGGAUGAUGAUGAUGAUGAAGAAAACAAGAGACCAGUUGAAGAAGAGAAAAGUGAACAUCAACCACCACAGAAAAAGAAAAAGACAACCAGAAACAUUUAGCUAUAGCUCAUUUUUUUUUUUUACUCUCUUCUGACUUUAUUGUUGUUGAACAUUUGGAGUAAUGGAAGUGUUGGUUUAAAUACUCUCAGUUUGGAUCCUGUACAUGACAUUGACUUCACAGCAAUUGGUGGUAAAGGUUUUUUCUGUAAACUGAAAAAGACAAAAGACUCAACCCUAUUUACAUGAAUGUUGUUUUUUUUUCUUACUAGACAACAAACUCACAGCAGUUCUAUCUGAAAAGUCAGAUAGAACCUUGACCUACUUACUUGAGAUAUUUUCUUUGUUGUACAACAACUUUAGCUUUGCUUUUAUCCAGUUCUUGUUGUUUCUUAUUGCAUUCAAUGUCUUUUUGUUCUAAAUCAUAAAUAUUCAUGUUGAUCUCAGCUGUAAGUGCCUAGCAUAAAAAGUUUUGCUUAAUUAAAUUUUACUGAUUUAAUCAAAAACUGUAUCAAUUCUUAGUUAUCUUAAAAGCUUUAUUAUAAAUAACUGACAGUUAAAUGAAAUGACAAAACUAAUGCACAAGUAUGAUUUUAUAAAGAUUUGAAAUUCUUAUUGUAUUUGAUUAUAUCAGAAUUUUUGAGUUAGAAAAAUAUAUUCUUUAUCGUGGCUAAAUAAAAAAAAUACUAUAAGCAUCAUUGAAAUCUACUAUAAUUUUUCACAAAUUUUUUUUCUAAUUUCGGCCCUGUUCAUAAAAAUCUUAUUAAAUUUAUAAAACUUUUAUGAAAUGCAGCUUUCUUCACAAACAGAAAUUAAGGAUUUUUUUUUGUAAAACUAAGCAUUUUCUCUGCACUUUAUGAACCUUUGAAUUUCCUCUAACUAAUAACUCUUUAAAAACAAAUGAUUACUUGGAAGUUUGAUUUUGAAUUUGGGAUAAAAUAACCAAUUAUCAAUACAGAAUUGACCUGCUAAUAACAGAAUCUCUAGAGCGAAGUGAGGCUAAUUAGUAGUAUUUUCCUAAAUAAAUGUAUAUUAUGAUUAUUUAUAAGUCUCAGCCAACCAUUUUGCUGGGAAUGUGUCUUCCCAAUUCUGAAAAAAAAAAGUCUGAUUUUGUAAGUUUUCUAGUCCUUCCACUUUGAAGCUAAUCCAAUCAAUGGUAUUUUAUAGAUCCAUAGCUCUUUGCAACAUCAUGUAUGUAUUUUUUUUUAUGGCCUCACUAUAUUUAAAGUAUAGAAAUCUAGGAAUGACUUACUUGCAUUUGCUUACGUUGUUUUCUAAUUAUGGCUUUAGCCAGGGACAUUUCAGCAGUCAGAUUAGGAUCUAAACGGCGCUCUAAAAGGGCUCGAAGCUCAAAAAAGCAAAGAUCUUUUUUAUGGAUCAUUUGUUCCUUCUCAACAACUUCAGUAGUUUUGUUAAUGAGCCUUUAAGUGAGUCUGUUGAUUUUGACAUGAAGUUCAUACUUGGAUGGAUCUGCAGCCUGGUCAUAAAAAGUGGAAAGAAACUUUACAUUUGACUAUGAUUUAAAUGUCUUACUUGAAUGUCAUUUCUGGCGAGCUUUUUUUUUUUUACACUUUAUAAAGAUUUUUUUUUCUCUAACUGAAUGAAAGUUAAGGAUACAUUUUAUUGUCUUUGCUCUAUUAAAUGACUAAUCUGCUCACCAGCAGUGCUCUCCAUCUGUGAACUAUUGGUUCCUUAGUGGCCACUAGAGCAACAUUUCUAGCUUUUUCUAGUUCUAAUAACUUGGCAUUUUUGGAAAGCUCUUGUCUGUUGACAAGUUGGGAAAAUAAAAAGUCUUAAGUCAUCUGAGUUUUUGUAAGGAAAUAAAAUAAAAUUCAACCUUUUAGCUACAGUGCAUAUUAAUUUUUUUUUUGUUUAAAAAAAACAAAAACAGUAUAGUUCUUAAAGUCAAGAUUUAGAGUAUGUUUUUGUGAAAAAAAAAAUUUAUUUAAAAUUAUUUACCUCAAUGUAGUGAUUGUGAAUUCACCCAUCUCAUGAUUCUUCAGUUUUCUUCUCAAAUUUUUUAUUUCAAGUUUAAGCAUAUAAGAAUCAUUGUUCAUAUUAAGGUAGCCAGAGGCAGAUGUCUUCAUGACUUUUUCAAUCCUAUCAAUUUUUCUUUUGAAUAAACCAACAUGAAUGUUUGAUUCUAUUAGUCGGGCUCCAAAGAGAUCUCUCUUUCUUCUCAGCUGAAAAUUAAAGUCACAGUCUUCUGUUUCACUUAUUCUAUGAACAGCCAGGUUACACAAUUAUUGUUUUUAAAACAGUAAUUUUGAAUAAGUUUUGAUACAUAGAUAUGUACUGUAAGUUCGAUAAUGGACAAAAUUGAGGAUUCUACUAAAAAAAUUGUAAUGGCAUUGUAUCUUGAAUACAUUUUAAUUGGUUGAAAUUAUACUUUUUAAUGUAUUGUAAAUAUGUAAAAGUUGAAUAUAUUGGCAAAAUGCAAUGUUGGAAAGUAUUUUUUUUUUCUCAUAACUAAGUAAACAUCCUUUUACUAAUAACCAUA